CGCACGGCCAGGCAAAGCGGAGCCGGCCGUGCCGUGUGUGUGUGUAUGUGCGCGCGGGGCGCCGUCUCAGCCCCGGGAAGAUGGUGGCGGCGGCGGCGGCGACUCAGGCUAGGCUGAGGAGGAGGACGGCGGCGACGACAGCGCCUGCGGGCAGGAACGGCGGGCAGCGCCGGGACUGGGACGCGGCCGGGGCUGAGAGGCCGGGGCUGGGGGCCGGGCUGCGCCUCCCGCGGCGGCGGCUGCUGCUGCUGCUGCUGCUCCCGCCGCUGCUGCUGCUGCCCUGGGCGGCCGAGGCCGCGGCGGCAGCGGCGGCGGUGUCGGGCUCAGCGGCAGCCGAGGCCAAGGAAUGUGACCGACCCUGUGUCAACGGCGGCCGCUGCAACCCUGGUACCGGCCAGUGCGUCUGCCCCGCUGGCUGGGUGGGCGAGCAAUGCCAGCACUGCGGGGGCCGCUUCAGACUAACUGGAUCUUCUGGGUUUGUAACAGAUGGCCCUGGAAAUUAUAAAUAUAAAACGAAGUGCACAUGGCUUAUUGAAGGACAGCCAAAUAGAAUAAUGAGACUUCGUUUCAGUCAUUUUGCUACAGAAUGUAGUUGGGACCAUUUAUAUGUUUAUGAUGGAGACUCAAUUUAUGCACCACUUAUUGCUGCCUUUAGUGGCCUCAUCGUUCCUGAGAGAGAUGGCAACGAGACUGUCCCUGAGGUUGUUGCCACAUCAGGUUAUGCCCUGCUGCAUUUUUUUAGUGAUGCUGCUUAUAAUUUGACUGGAUUUAAUAUCACUUACAAUUUUGACAUGUGUCCGAACAAUUGCUCAGGCCGAGGAGAAUGUAAAAGCAGUAAUAGCAGCAACACUGUCCAAUGUGAGUGUUUGGAAACCUGGAAAGGGGAGGCCUGCGAUGUUCCUCACUGUGUCCAUGAUUGUGGUUUUCCUAAUCGAGGCGUUUGCAAUUCAAGUGAUGACAGGGGAUGCUCUUGCUUCCCGGAAUGGCAGGGUCCCGGAUGUUCAAUUCCUGUACCAGCUAACCAGUCAUUUUGGACUCGAGAGGAAUAUUCUAACCUAAAGCUCCCCAGAGCCUCUCACAAAGCAGUGGUCAAUGGAAAUAUAAUGUGGGUUGUUGGAGGAUAUAUGUUCAAUCACUCAGAUUACAACAUGGUUCUAGCGUAUGACCUUGCUUCUAGGGAGUGGCUUGCCUUGAACCGUUCUGUGAACAGUGUGGUUGUCAGAUAUGGCCAUUCUUUAGCAUUAUACAAGGAUAAAAUAUACAUGUAUGGAGGAAAAAUUGAUUCAACAGGGAAUGUGACCAAUGAGUUGAGAGUGUUCCAUAUUCAUAAUGAGUCGUGGGUAUUGUUGACUCCCAAAGCAAAGGAGCAGUAUGCAGUGGUCGGACACUCAGCACACAUUGUCACAUUGAAAACUGGCCGAGUAGUCAUGCUGGUCAUCUUUGGUCAUUGCCCUCUCUAUGGAUAUAUAAGCAAUGUACAGGAAUAUGACUUGGCUAAGAACACAUGGAGUAUAUUACCUACCCAGGGUGCCCUUGUCCAAGGGGGCUAUGGCCAUAGCAGUGUCUAUGACCGCAAGACCAGGGCUCUAUAUGUUCAUGGGGGCUACAAGGCUUUCAGCGCCAAUAAAUACCGGCUCGCAGAUGAUCUCUACAGAUAUGAUGUGGAUACGCAGAUGUGGACCAUUCUUAAGGACAGCCGAUUUUUCCGUUACUUGCACACAGCUGUGAUAGUGAGUGGAACCAUGCUGGUGUUUGGAGGAAACACACACAACGACACAUCCAUGAGCCAUGGUGCCAAAUGCUUCUCUUCAGAUUUCAUGGCUUAUGAUAUUGCUUGUGACCGCUGGUCAGUGCUUCCCAGACCUGAUCUCCACCAUGAUGUCAACAGAUUUGGCCAUUCAGCAGUCUUACACAACAGCACCAUGUAUGUGUUUGGUGGUUUCAAUAGUCUCCUUCUCAGUGACAUCCUGGUAUUCACCUCAGAACAGUGUGAAGCACACCGGAGUGAAGCUGCUUGUCUAGCAGCAGGACCUGGCAUCCGGUGUGUGUGGGAUACAGUUUCAUCUCACUGUAUCUCCUGGGAGUUGGCAACUGAAGCACAAGAAGAAAAGUUAAAAUCAGAAUGUUUUUCCAAAAGAACCUUUGACCAUGACAGAUGUGACCAGCACACGGAUUGUUACAGCUGCACAGCCAACACCAAUGACUGCCACUGGUGCAGUGACCAUUGUGUCCCUGUGAACCACAGCUGCACAGAAGGCCAGAUCUCCAUUUCCAGAUAUGAGAAUUGUCCCAAGGAUAACCCCAUGUACUACUGUAACAAGAAGACCAGCUGCAGGAGCUGUGCCCUGGACCAGAACUGCCAGUGGGAGCCCCGGAAUCAGGAGUGCAUUGCCCUGCCUGAAAAUAUCUGUGGCAUUGGCUGGCAUUUGGUUGGAAACUCGUGUUUGAAAAUUACUACUGCCAAGGAGAAUUAUGACAAUGCUAAAUUGUCCUGUAGGAACCACAAUGCCUUUUUGGCUUCUCUUACAACCCAGAAGAAGGUAGAAUUUGUCCUUAAGCAGCUGAGAAUAAUGCAGUCAUCACAGAGCAUGUCCAAGCUCACCUUAACCCCAUGGGUUGGCCUUCGGAAGAUCAAUGUGUCAUACUGGUGCUGGGAAGAUAUGUCCCCAUUCACAAAUAGUUUGCUACAGUGGAUGCCAUCUGAGCCCAGUGAUGCUGGAUUCUGUGGAAUCUUGUCAGAACCCAGUACUCGGGGCUUGAAGGCUGCAACCUGCAUCAACCCACUCAAUGGUAGUGUCUGUGAAAGGCCUGCGAACCACAGCGCCAAGCAGUGCCGGACGCCGUGUGCCCUGCGGACGGCGUGUGGCGAGUGCACCAGUGGCAGCUCUGAGUGCAUGUGGUGCAGCAACAUGAAGCAGUGUGUGGACUCCAAUGCCUAUGUGGCCUCCUUCCCUUUUGGCCAGUGUAUGGAGUGGUACACCAUGAGCAGCUGCCCCCCUGAAAAUUGUUCGGGCUACUGUACCUGCAGCCAUUGCUUGGAGCAGCCAGGCUGCGGCUGGUGCACCGAUCCCAGCAAUACUGGCAAAGGGAAAUGCAUAGAGGGCUCUUAUAAAGGACCAGUGAAGAUGCCUUCUCAGGCCUCUGCAGGAAAUUCCUACCCACAGCCCCUUCUCAAUUCCAGCAUGUGUCUGGAGGACAGCAGAUACAACUGGUCUUUCAUUCAUUGUCCAGCUUGCCAGUGCAAUGGCCACAGCAAAUGCAUUAAUCAGAGUAUCUGUGAGAAGUGUGAGAACCUGACCACAGGCAAGCACUGCGAGACCUGCAUAUCUGGCUUCUAUGGUGAUCCCACCAGGGGAAGAUGUCAGCCAUGCAAGUGCAAUGGGCAUGCCUCUCUCUGUAACACCAACACGGGCAAGUGCUUUUGCACCACCAAGGGCGUCAAGGGGGACGAGUGCCAGCUGUGUGAGGUGGAAAAUCGAUACCAGGGAAAUCCUCUCAAAGGAACAUGUUACUAUACUCUUCUUAUUGACUAUCAGUUCACUUUUAGCCUGUCCCAGGAAGAUGACCGCUAUUACACAGCCAUCAAUUUUGUGGCUACUCCCGAUGAACAAAACAGGGAUUUGGACAUGUUCAUCAAUGCCUCCAAAAACUUCAACCUCAACAUCACCUGGGCUGCCAGCUUCUCAGCGGGAACCCAGGCUGGAGAAGAGAUGCCUGUUGUUUCAAAAACCAACAUUAAGGAGUACAAAGAUAGCUUUUCUAAUGAGAAGUUCGAUUUUCGCAACCACCCAAAUAUCACUUUCUUCGUUUAUGUCAGUAAUUUCACCUGGCCCAUCAAAAUUCAGAUCGCCUUCUCCCAGCACAGCAAUUUUAUGGACCUGGUACAGUUCUUCGUGACUUUCUUCAGUUGUUUCCUCUCUUUGCUCCUGGUGGCUGCUGUGGUUUGGAAGAUCAAACAAAGUUGUUGGGCCUCCAGGCGUAGAGAGCAACUUCUUCGAGAGAUGCAGCAGAUGGCCAGUCGCCCCUUUGCCUCUGUAAACGUUGCCUUGGAAACAGAUGAAGAGCCUCCUGAUCUUAUUGGAGGGAGUAUAAAGACUGUUCCCAAACCCAUUGCCCUGGAACCGUGUUUUGGCAACAAAGCUGCUGUCCUUUCUGUGUUUGUGAGGCUUCCUCGAGGGCUCGGUGGAAUCCCUCCUCCUGGACAGUCAGGUCUUGCAGUGGCCAGCGCCCUGGUGGACAUUUCUCAGCAGAUGCCAAUAGUGUACAAAGAGAAGUCAGGAGGCGUGAGAAACCGGAAGCAGCAGCCCCCUGCACAGCCCGGGACCUGCAUUUGAGGCUGGGCUGGGAACUGUCCAGGAGCGAGCCAGGUGCGGCGUGCCAGCGCCGUCUGCAAGGAGGGGGCAGGCGGGGAGAUGCUGUGCGGAGCGGGCCGAAGACUGGAAACCCUCGAAACAUCCGACUCCUCUGCAUGUCCACAAGCUUUCUUUGCCGGUUUCUCCCAUCUGUGCUCCAGCAUCUAACCUUUUACUUUUGCAUAGGAAAUAAUUGAUUUAGUUGCAGGUCCAGGGGUGAUCCAGUUUUGCUGGAGGAGGCCGGGGUAGAGCAAGUGAGAGAGCUGGAAUGACACUCAGGUUCACUUGUGGAAAACCGUUCUUGGGGCCGUCUCAACUUGGCAAAAAACAAAAGAUGUUGUGUUUACAAGUAGACAUUCACUACCAGUCGUUCUUGAACAUGGUCUUUUAAAAACUAGUCAGAUGAAUGAAUUUGUUCUCAUCUGAAGCCUGCUAUCUUUUUUAAAAGAUGUGCUACUUAUUCUUGCACAAUGUAGGCAAAUCUCUCUCUUGCAGGGAGUAGCUUUUUUCUAGUUGAGAAUUAAUAAUGGUCCAUCUCUUUUGAAUCAUAUCAAAUUAAGGUAGAAGGGGGCUAUUUUAAAUGUCAAGGUCAGCAGUGUUACUUAGAAUGUAAAAUGAUGUAAUAGGUAGUUUUCUAUAGCAACUUAAUUAAUUUAGUCUUAAUCCAUUUGAAAUCCUUUCUCUCUUUUCCUCUCUCUCUCUCUCUCUCUCUCUCUCUCACACACACACACACACACACACACACACACUAAGUGCCUAGACUUGAAAUAGAUCUAGCAAUUGAAAAGUUAGUAAGCCUAAGUUUUCCAUAAUUGCAUUCCUACAUUCAUAUAAAAUUUAAAUAGCUACCAUUGGCAAUCUGCUCUUUUUAUAAAAUCUAAUUUGCAGCCAGGAAAGAAUUUUCUCACCCCAGAGAACAUUUAACCUAGCAGCAGGCAAUGAGAGGAAAGAAGAAAUGACCAAACUGUGAAAGCUCCUGUCUGUUGUCAAAAGAAGCACUAAAUAAGGUGUGGUCCUCGUGGGCCCCCUGCCCCCCACUGCAGGCCUGACAUUUGCUCCAGCCCAUCUGGCCACUCCCGCCAGGACACCACAGUGGAAGGGACUUGUUCAUGUUACAUAUCUCCCUUGAGCAGAAAAGAGCAUGACAGCACUUGGAAUCCCUGCAUCAAAGAGCAACAGUGUGCUCCUGUAGAGUGCUCUGAGCUGCUGGGUCAUCCUCAGGCUGCAGGGGGAAUCUUACACCCAAAGCCUGAAGAAGGACCUGGAACCGUUUCCUCUGCUCUCCUCUAGGAGAGGCUCAGCUAGGCUCUCCCAUCCUCCUUCCCAGACCGGGUGGAGCAGGACAGUUACCACUGAGAAGGAUGAAGAGCACACAGAUAAAAUGGAGGAGGAGGAAUAACUAUGCUAAGGAGAAGGUGACCAAGUUUAAGUGGAGUAGGGCGAUCCUGCUCUUCUCUCCAGGGCACUACCUGGGUGUCAUGGUGUCCCUGUGUAUGGUGCUCUGUGUUCUGGCAGGAUGCGGCAGCCUCCCCAGGUCUCUCUUCUGCUUCAAAACUUGGGGUUUUCUGGCACUGCCCUGUAGGGCCUCUACACAACCAUGCUUGUUUGUCAGUUUGGAGAAUUAAUACUCUAAAGAGCAAAGCCUGCAACAUUUCACCUUUAAAUGCAGUGCCUAUGGUAGGAACAUUGUCUCCUUCCCAACACCAACCCCUCACCCAUGAAGAGUUGCCUGGAAAGAUGUUGAAACCCUAAAGUUGAAAUUUGAACCCUAAAACACUGUCUGAUGCAUAAAACAUCUCUACUUUGAGACUCACCUCUCAAAAAGCUGCUUUUUCACAUCAUUGGCAAAGAGCAGACAAUUCUAGAAAAGACCCCUUCUCUUCCAAGCUUCCCACAUCCCUGCCCCACAUCACGGCACCCACAGAGAGCCUGCCACAGACUGGCACUGUACCCCUGUAAUUGCCAUGAGGCCUCUUGCCAGAGAGAGGGAGGCCACUGGAGAGGGACCUCCCACAAGGAAAAUCCUUGUUUGUUCAAAGGAUCAGUGUUUCUUUGGCCAAAUAAGUCUCUUCCCCAUGGGUUCCCAGGCCUUGAAAUAACAUGCACCAUGUCCCAUAGCCACCUGGUUUUGUUUUGUUUUGUUUUUCCUAAAAGACAGUUUAUUUUUUAAAAGGAAGGAAAAAAGGAGCAAGUGAUGUUUAAUUCUCCCAACAGUGAAGAAACAGCCAAAUCCACCUGCUUCUCCUUUGCAGCCAAUAGACAGCUUCCUCCAGGCCCAGGCCAGAGGAAGAGAGUGGCAGGAAAGAGAGGCAUUCAGUUUAGGAGCCAGUUACCAAGAGGGCAUCAUCUGGAACUUCAGAGGAAUACCUGUGGGUCACAGGAGAGCCUGUAUAUAAGUUAAAAUAGUCAUGAAAACAUUGAUGUUGCACUUGUACAUAAUUAUACAGUAGUGUCCAGAAUGUUCAGACAUUCAGAGUGUACAUAAAACAGAAAACUAUGUUAAGGUAUUUUUAUUAAACGUAAUGGUGUCUGAGUUUUA